CGGUCCGCAGCUCCUUCCCGUCCUGGCCUAGCUCUGCAAGUGGCGAUCGCCAUCCUUUGGUCGCCAUGAGCCAUCAUCCGUCGGGCCUCCGGGCCAGCAUCAGCUCCACCUCAUACCGCCGGACCUUCGGGCCACCGCCUUCACUGUCCCCUGGAGCCUUUUCCUACUCGUCCAGCUCUCGCUUCUCGAGCAGCCGCCUGCUGGGCUCGGCGUCCCCGGGCUCCUCGAUGCGCCUGGGCAGCUUUCGUGCCCCUCGCGCCGGUGCCCUGCGCUUGCCCUCGGAACGCCUCGACUUCUCCAUGGCCGAGGCCCUCAACCAGGAGUUCCUGGCCACGCGCAGCAACGAGAAGCAAGAGCUGCAGGAGCUCAAUGACCGCUUCGCCAACUUCAUCGAGAAGGUGCGCUUCCUGGAGCAGCAGAACGCCGCCUUGCGCGGCGAGCUGAGCCAGGCCCGGGGCCAGGAGCCGGCGCGCGCCGACCAGCUGUGCCAACACGAGCUGCGCGAGCUGCGGCGCGAGUUAGAGCUGCUGGGCCGCGAGCGCGACCGGGUGCAGGUGGAGCGAGACGGGCUGGCCGAGGACCUGGCGGCGCUCAAGCAGAGGUUGGAGGAGGAAACGCGCAAGCGGGAAGACGCGGAGCACAACCUCGUGCUUUUCCGUAAGGACGUGGACGACGCCACGCUGUCCCGACUGGAGCUGGAGCGCAAGAUUGAGUCCCUGAUGGAUGAAAUUGAGUUCCUGAAGAAGCUGCAUGAGGAGGAGCUGCGGGACCUUCAGGUGAGCGUGGAAAGUCAGCAGGUGCAGCAGGUGGAGGUCGAAGCGACAGUGAAGCCGGAGUUGACGGCGGCGCUGAGGGACAUCCGCGCGCAGUACGAGACCAUCGCGGCGAAGAACCUGCAGGAGGCCGAAGAGUGGUACAAGUCCAAAUACGCGGACCUGUCGGAUGCAGCCAACCGGAACCACGAGGCCCUGCGCCAGGCCAAGCAGGAGAUGAACGAGUCUCGACGCCAGAUCCAGAGCCUGACGUGCGAGGUGGACGGGCUGCGCGGCACGAACGAGGCCCUGCUCAGGCAGCUGCGGGAGCUGGAGGAGCAGUUCGCCCUGGAGGCCGGCGGGUACCAAGCGGGCGCCGCGCGGCUGGAGGAGGAGCUGCGGCAGCUUAAGGAAGAGAUGGCCCGGCACCUGCGGGAGUACCAGGAGCUCCUCAAUGUCAAGAUGGCCCUGGACAUCGAGAUCGCUACCUACCGGAAGCUACUGGAGGGCGAAGAAAGCCGGAUCUCUGUGCCAGUUCAUUCCUUUGCCUCCUUAAGUCUAAAGUCGACUGUGCCUGAGAUGGAACCUCUCCAGGACAGCCACAGCCGCAAGAUGGUUCUGAUCAGGACCAUUGAGACUCGGGAUGGAGAGCACGUGGUGACAGAGUCGCAGAAGGAGCAGCACAGUGAGAUGGACAAGUCUUCUGCUCACAGCUACUGAGCCCUCUGUCCGGAGCUCCCCUAAGCCUACUCUAAACCGGAACCCCAGCACUACCCUCAACUACUCCCUCCCUCUGCAUGUGACAUCCUCCCCACCCUGGCCCAUGGCCACCCUUAUCAGGCCAGCAGUAGCUGAGUCACUUCCUGCCUGGACAUAUAGAAAUGACCCAUGUUUUCCUUUUCCUAUCCUGGUUAAGAGGCCAAUGACCCCCCAGGACAAGCUAUUCAAAAGGUGGUCCCAUGAUAAGUGGAGUAGACCAGUUGUGUGUUUUACUCUGAGUCAAAUAAAGCUGCUACCAAGAGAAA